UGCAGUCAAGCCAGCCCCCAGGAUUUGCUCAGUCUCGAGGAGGAGAAGAAAGAAUAACGAGGUGGAAAGCUCAACUAGUAGCCGAUAACGGGUGAUGGAGUCCAACUGUCGUAAAUUAGUAUCGGCUUGCGUUCAAUUAGUAGGGGUGCAGCCCUCUACAGUUGAAUGUCUUUUCUCCAAAGACUCUGAUAUUAAAAAGGGGGAAUUCAAUGACUCUCCAGAGGGCAGGAAAGAGGCAACCAGCAGCAAGCUUUUCGGGAGGCAGCAUCCCAGCGCCAACGAGAAAGAGAAAAGCCAGCAGAGUAAAAAUGAGGAUGCCGGGGUUGAAGAUCCCUCCAAGAAAAAGAGGCAACGGCGGCAGAGGACUCAUUUCACCAGCCAGCAGCUGCAAGAACUAGAGGCCACUUUCCAGAGGAAUCGCUACCCGGACAUGUCCACCCGAGAAGAGAUCGCAGUCUGGACCAACCUCACGGAAGCCAGAGUCAGGGUUUGGUUCAAGAACCGCAGAGCCAAAUGGAGAAAGAGAGAAAGAAACCAGCAGGCUGAGCUUUGCAAAAAUGGCUUUGGUCCACAAUUUAACGGUCUAAUGCAACCCUACGAUGAUAUGUACCCCGGCUAUUCUUACAACAACUGGGCAGCUAAAGGCCUGACCUCUGCCUCCCUUUCCACCAAAGGCUUUCCUUUCUUCAACUCUAUGAAUGUCAACCCUCUGUCUUCUCAGAGCAUGUUCUCCCCUCCGAAUUCCAUCUCCUCCAUGAGUAUGUCUUCAAGCAUGGUGCCCUCUGCAGUCACUGGGGUCCCUGGUUCCAGCCUCAACAGCCUGAAUAACUUGAACAACUUGAGCAAUCCCUCUCUGAAUUCUGCAGUGCCAACGCCAGCCUGUCCUUAUGCUCCUCCAACACCUCCUUAUGUUUAUAGGGACACAUGUAACUCUAGCUUGGCUAGUCUGAGACUUAAAGCCAAGCAGCACUCCAGCUUUGGAUACGCCAGUGUUCAGAACCCAGCUUCCAACCUGAGCGCAUGCCAAUACGCUGUGGACAGACCCGUGUGAGAUAAAGUAUAAAAUACUGAAUGGGAAUCCCUCCCCCUUCCCACAAAGACUGAGAAUUAUACUAGAAAGUAAUGGGCACUAUAGAGAAAGAGAAAGAAAGAAAGAAAGGAAAGAAGGAAGAAAGAAGAGAGAGAGAAAAUGAAACCACUGAAAUAAGAUAGUCCCUUUGUUUUCAAAGGACCUCCUGCAGAUUCUGACAUCUUUCACUAAGAGUAUUUCCAACAGUUACAAGAACAUAUAUAUAUAUAUAUAUGGAC